AUGGCGCUGGUGAGUUGGAAUAAAUUGUGCCUUCUGAAGUCGAAGGGAAGGAUUGGUUUUAGCAAUUUGAGUGCCUUCAAUGAUGCUCUUAUAGCAAAACAAUGUUGGAGAUUGGUGACAAACCCGGAUUCUUUUGCGGCAAAAGUGCUUAAAGGCAAAUCUUUUCAUCGAACCACCUUUUGGAAAGCAAAACUUCCCAACUACUCUUGCUAUACGUGGCGUUCGAUUAUGGGAGCUAGGGAGCUGCUAUCUCUUGGGUUAAGCUGGGUUAUGGGCAAUGGUCGAAGUGUGAAGUUUUGGGAAGAUAAAUGGUCACCUAACCUUCUGGGGGAGACUCUUUUCGGUCCCACCUGCUGA